UGCUUCAGUUCAGAAGAAACUGCAGCUACUUUCUGGACGUGGUCAGUACACAACCGUCAUCACAGAAGUCAACCCGAAACCAGUGGAUAUACCUCAAUGGAAGUUAAAAGUCUUUUCUUUUUUCUUCAUGUUGGCCUUCUAACUCUUGGUCAAGAAAUUCUCAGUUCUCCAAAAGACUCAACCGUUUUCCUUCAUGAGUUUGCAGCGUUUUCGUGUUGGGCGAAGGGUGAUGAGGUAACAUGGAAAUUGAAUGGAUUGCUCUUGAAGGACCUUCCACCAGAGUUACGGAAAGAAUUGAUAUUUAACACCUCAAGUUAUAAUUCUACUUUGUUUGAGGAACUAGUCAUCCCAUCCAAACCUGAGCGCAAUGGAACUACAGUUCAAUGUCUUGGAGUAAAAAUUGAUGGUUCCUCAGCAGAGAGUGAGAUUGGGACAUUAAUUAUUCAAGGUUUGUUGAUGGCUGUGAUAAACUUGAGAGCCAAAGGUGAUGUCAGCUCGGUUACUAUAUCCUGGACUGCUCCAUUCUCUCUUAAUGUUACUGGUGGUGAUCGAGAUAUAUGGUACUCUAUCACCAUCUAUAAUGUUACAGAGAAAUAUUACCCAACAGCUAUCCGCUGUACUGACUGUACCUAUAUCAGUGAGACACACUAUACCUUCACUCCUGACCACCUCAGUCCUUGUGAUGUGUACAACUUCUCUGUUUAUCCCUUACAAUGGAGCUGGCCAAGGAGAGAGCAGUGGCACUAUAACCUCAUUUGAUGAUACUAUUACAGUUGAAGUUCAAGCAAGGAGUGAAGAUGAAAAGCGUGAUGUCACAUUUAGAGCUGAAGAAUUGGAUAAGUGGGACAAAAUAUCUGUUCGAAAUGAAGAAGGCAGAGUUGUUGGUGAAAAAAAUUUUAG